GUGUUUGUCGACAGAGCCUGGCGUUGGCAGUUCGUGACUCCAGGUGGCAGCAGGUGCUUCGGCUCCACCCCCGUCUGGCCAUCGUCGCCUGCGCGCGCGCCUCCGAGUGGCGCCGCGCCCUGGCGCUCUACGCGGCGACCACGGGCGGCGCGACGGCGCUGGCGGCGGCGAUGAGCGGAGCACAACGGACGGCCCGUUGGACGGUGGCCCUGCUGCUGUUGGACUCCGCCUGCAGGAAGUCUCUGCGGCUGGACGUGGUCUGCCUCAAUGUGGCGUUGAGCGCCUGCGCGAAGGGUGGGCGCUGGCGAGUGGCCGUGCAACUGAUGCAGAGGUUUUCUGCAAGACGUUUGGUGCCCGACGCACUUAGCUUGAGUUCCCUCACAUCAUCCUUUGUGCAGAGAAGCAACUGGCGCAAGGCUUUGCAGCUUCUCGAUUCGUCGUCCCCCACUGCCAUUUCCGCAGCCCUGACGGCCUGCGCUGUGGCCAUCGCCUGGCCGUCCGCCCUGCAGCUCUUCGUCACCGCUGGCAGCGCUGGCCACGGCAGCGUGCGCAACGCGCUGCUGGGGGCGCUGGCGGCGGCCAAGCGCUGGGAGAUGGCCAUGGAGCUGAUGCAGGUCCCCAGCGACCGCGCCCUGCUGCCUGUGCUCAGCUCCCUGGUGCGCCUGCGCCGCUGGCGCCAGGCGCUACGGCUGCUACCGCAGCGCGGCGCCAACGCCGCGGCGCUGGCGCUGACGUCGGCGGCGGCCACGGCGCAGCCGGUGGGGGAGAUCCGAAAGGAGAUUGGAAGGAUUCCAUCGUUCCAAGCAUUUGACAUCAAUCAGCGCCGCGAAGUUUCUGCAAGACUCUUGCUACGGCCGUUGCUGCCAGCCAGCUGCUAUCCUUUGGAAUUUGCCCUUGCACGGCAAAUCACCUUCCCCGCCGAAAGCGCUUUCCUGACACUGCGAAAAAGGCCCCUGCAACGCGAUGCCUUGCGCAGCACCGUGCUGCAGGGCACCUCCGACUUGGGCCCCAUGGCGUCCAGAGAUCUCUGGCGCUGCUUGAGCUUGACCUUUCUGCGGGGAAAAACUGGGACGCUGCAAGGCCCCUCCUGUGCAAGUGCCCAAAGCCUCGGGCUUUGGAGGGCAGGGAGGUUGAAGCGUGGCUUCCUCAAUGGCCCAGUGGAGGAAGCCGAUGGCAAGGCCAUUGAUGAGAUGAUCCAGGAGGCCAUGAAAACGUCGCCGGCCAGCAAGUCGGCUGCGUACAGCUAUGCGGUUGCUGGCCGGGAACAUGCCAAGGAGGCUCGAUGGUGCAUGCUCUGUUUGGAGCCUUUGCCCAACGAUCCACGCGAGGUCAUCAACCUCUGUGCCAGCGAGCCCCGCUGCCUUUGUUUACUGCACCGCUCCUGCUUUCUGAAUCCGCAGUACGAGAUGUCAGAUAACUUCAGGACUGAAGACUUCUCUUGCUUUACUCGACUCCAACUGCGCCCCGACACUCCGCGGCCCAAUGGCGCCGGCGUAGCCGUAGCGGCCCCUGCUGUCACGACGGUCCCAAGUCCCCUGAACUUCGAAAGCCUGGCUCGAUUAGAUCUCAAACAGGCCGCCAGUGGAAUCCGCGCUUCAGAUUGGUGUCGUGAGAGCUGCCGCGCGACAUUUCGCUGCGAGCAGCAUGAGGUGAAACUCUGCUACUGGCAUGAGCAUAUGGAAAAUGCCACCUGUACCUGUCGUGAUGAGCUAUUUUUUCCCAGCGAAUGGUUUCGCGGGGCGCUCAAAUCGACCAAGGCAACGCAGCAGACUGUGGACUUUGAGAGCAAGUGGUAUCAACAAGCUGCGGCGAUUAGGGAGAAGCACAAAGUCUCUCUGAGUUUCAAACCGCAUGGAUUUGGGAAUGAUGCGGGAAUGGCGAUUUUGAUGACUGGACAGGUGAGAUCUUUCACCACUCAGCUGAUGCAAGCCUAUUGGCGUCGAUUCCUCCCUCAGCUGCAGCGCGAAGCGGGCCAAGUGACCUUGUUCGGAGUGCUGAGCUUGAAAUCGACCAAUAAACAGGGAGGGAACCGACAACCCCAUGGCGAAGCAAGAUUUUUUCAGACAAAGGAGCUGGAAGAGUUACUUCAAAGCUUCCAAGUUCCCUACCGCGCGGUGUUUCCCGAGGAUUGUAACUGGACGACCACCGCGUCCUUGGUCAAGGACCCUGCGCUGAAGUUCUUGGUGUCUCCGCCGGAUCAUCUACAAAGCAUUGCUGCAGAAGGGCAUGUGAACAUGUAUCGCUCCAGGGUCGUCGCCUUUGAUAUGAUGCUUCAGUUUGAACAGGAGUUUCAGAAGCGCUUUGCAUAUGUUUUGUUUCUGCGACCUGACAUGGUCUAUAGCUUUUCCUUGCAGACUAUUUCCACUUGUCCGGAUGCGGUGAUGUGUUUCAACGACAUGUUUGCAGCGAUGCAUCGGCGGCUCGCAGGUUGGUACGCUACCCAUAUCGCCGGCACUCGAGUGGUGAUUGGGCCUGGCUUCAAGCUAGGCUCGAUGUUCAAGCCAGGCUCAGUGUACAAUUACACCAAGAUCACCGAAGAAAUGGAAGACCUGUUGGGUUGGCACUUGCACAACGGCUGGAUCCAUCAGCCCAUGCUACACUUGGCCCGCCAUGGCAUCCCAUUUUUCGGCCUGCGCCUGGAUCUGGCGGAGAAGGACGCCAUCACAUGCGGCCAGACCACCUUUGACUGGUUUACUAUCCGGGACCUGGACCCCACAGGCACAGCGCUUGAACGCAAGAUCUGUAGCGUUCGGCAGAAAGUCAAGGAUCUCCAGGGCUUUCUGCAGAAGUUGGGAGUCAGUGGCAACCUUUCCAGCAAUUUGGAGGUGUGCCCUAACAAAACGUGA